AAGUCCCCAGCUAUUCUGAGUCUCUGACCCAAAAAAAGGUCCCCAACCACAACGAAAUUCUCCCACCUUAACCAGAGGUUCACCAUUUCUUCAGAAAACCGGCCGAAAACAUCUGCAAACCCGAAAAAGAAGAAGACCAAAAUCGGGCCGGGUUCCAAAGAUGGGCGUGAAAAUUGCACCAUCCAUGCUUUCAUCUGAUUUUUCUAACUUAUCAGAGGCAAAGUUCAUGCUUGACUGUGGAGCUGAUUGGCUUCAUAUGGAUAUCAUGGAUGGGCACUUUGUACCGAAUCUAACCAUUGGUGCUCCUGUCAUUGAGAGCUUAAGGAAGCACACAAAGGCAUAUCUGGAUUGCCACCUUAUGGUCACUAAUCCGAUUGAUUAUGUUGAACCUAUGGGUAAAGCUGGUGCAUCUGGUUUCACUUUUCAUGUUGAAGUAUCCAAAGAAAACUGGCAAGAACUUAUAGUAAGAAUCAAGUCAAAAGGCAUGCGGCCUGGUGUGGUGUUAAAGCCUGGAACACCAAUUGAGGAGGUUUAUCCUCUGAUUGACAGCGAAAAUCCUGUGGAAAUGGUUCUCGUGAUGACUGUAGAACCGGUAUUUGGUGGACAAAAGUUCAUUCCAGAAAUGAUGGAUAAGGUGCGUGCCCUAAGAAAGAAGUGCCGAUCACUCGAUAUAGAGGUCGAUGGUGGCUUAGGGCCUUCAACUAUCGAUAUGGCGGCUUCAGCAGGAGCUAAUUGCAUCGUUGCUGGGAGUUCAGUAUUUGGAGCUCCAGAGCCAGCUGCACUUAUAUCCCUUAUGCGGAAAAGUGUUUCGGAAAAUCAUCAGAACUAAACAUUUUCACGUAUGCAAGAUAAAGCAUUUGUGGGUUUUCAAAAUUUAAUUUUAAAAUUUUAUAGUAAAAUAUCAGAAUCUAAUUCAAUUA